AUGCUGGUGCCGGAUGCAGAGAGGGCCCACUCCGCACGCCAAUGCGAGCAGCUUCCCUACCCAUGGACUUCCCACCGGCAGGGCCUCUUGGAGGGGCAUCCCAUGCCCUGCAGGGCGCCCGAAGCGGCGUGGGAGGCCUCCGGCAACGGCCAGCAAGGAGAGGCGGCGGCCCCGCUGCCAAGCCCAGAAGAGAGCAGCGCGCUGCCACAGCCGCGAAGAAGGAGCUAUUGGCAACCAAAGAAGAAGCCAACAGCCAGGCUGCUGAGGUGCGUAAAGCCGCAGGAGCUGCAGGUAGCCACGCCGCGACCCUCCACAUCAGCCGCCGUCGAGAGGCCCCCCCAGGGCGUGGCCACGCCUCCGGCGACCGCCAGGAGGCCCACUUCUUUGGGCCCACAGACGCCGCUUCCCCCACGGCCUGCGACCCGCGCGGGCGAGACGCCCAUGUCUCCGAAGCCCACGCUGGCCGCCAAAGGAAAGCAGGCCUACGAAGAAGAGCAGACGUCGUCGCCCAGGUGCAACGACAUCCAGGUCUGCUUGGACCAGUGCCUGGUGCGACACAUCAGGCAGCUCGAAAACAGAGCUUCACAGGCGCUCAACCGCAAGACGGAGGAGAACAAGCUCACACUCAAGCAGAAGGAGAUCGACGAACGCCGCCAGCGCGUGGCGAAGCUGAGAGAGAAUGCUGACUUCCUGGUCAAGCAAAUGGAGGACCGCCAAGCCCGCCGGAAGCAGGACGCUGCGGAACGCGCCGAGAGUUUCACCACGACUUCGACGAAGUCAACUCCGCGCAAGGCAGGCGUUUCGGAGCACCGGCGAGAUUUGCUGACCUCCAACCUUAAGGAGGAGUGCGCCUCGCAGAUUUCCGACGACCUCCUGCAGGACAAGUUGCUGGCAGGCCGACCUCGGCCCGCAACGGUGCUGGGAACCCACGAGGCGAGAUCAGAGCUUCACAGCUGCCUCACUUCGCAGAUCGAGGCGAAGCGCCUGAAGCGCGAAGCCAACCGCAAGCAGCAGCUGGAGGAGGAGGUGUCGAUGUUGAAGCUGGAAGCGCAAGACAUUGUGCGCCAGAGCCAGCUCGAGCAGGCGCCGGAUUCCAGCAAUGGGCACGGCGGCAUCAUGAAGCGGGAGAUCGCCCUCCUGCUCACGUGGCUCGUGCCAUCCCUGGCCACUUCUUGCCCGGCCAUCGCUUACCACGCCGGUGAGAAGACCUGCGAUUCGUCCAAAUGGGUCUGCCGUAUUAUGUGCUCGCAGGACAUGCUGCCGAACGCGAAAAGCGCCAACUGGUGCCUGGCGAAGCACUGUGCCAGCACGUCCAAGCGGCACAAACACAUCGUGGAGGGCAUGAUGGCCGCCGGACAAGAUUUCUGUUCUCGGGACCUUUGCUUCAUCCAGGAGUCUGAAGCGACGGGCUUGCUGCAGAAACCCAGCCGGGAAGGCACGCUCUCGGCGGCCCAGGUGAAUGCUACAAAGCGGGGGGGCUGCCUGACGGAAGGCGACGUGUGCUCGGGCUUCUGCGAGGCGUUGGGAGCAGCAGGGGACAGCCACUGCCUGUCCAAGUGCACCGACUGCGUGGAUGUCAUCGUGGAUGCUUUGGGCGAGUACUGCGACUCAUGCGCAGGGGGCGACUACAAGACCACCGAGAAGCCCACGACCACCGAGGAGGAAACCACCACCGAGGAGCCCACGACCACCGAGGAGGAAACCACCACCGAGGAGCCAACCACCACCGCGAAGCAAUACAAAACCACGACUACCGAGGAGCCAACCACCACCACCGUGAAGCAGUACAAAACCACGACCACCGAGGAGCCAACCACCACCACCGUGAAGCAGUACAAAACCACGACCACCGAGGAGUCAACCACCACCGAGGACGACGAUGGUGACGGAGGCCGACGCCGCCGCAAGGACGACGAUGGCGGCAAGGAUGAUGAUGGUGAUGGAGGCCGUCGCCGCCGCAAGUACGAUGACGAUGGCAAGGAUGGAGGCCGCCGCCGCAAGUACGAUGACGAUGGCACGGACGGAGGCCGCCGCCGCAAAUCCGAUGACGAUGGCAAGGAUGGAGGGCGCCGCCGCAAGUACGAUGACGAUGGCACGGAUGGAGGCCGCCGCCGCAAGUACGAUGACGAUGGCACGGAUGGAGGCCGCCGCCGCAAGUCCGAUGACGAUGGCAAGGAUGGAGGCCGCCGCCGCAAGUACGAUGACGAUGGCACGGAUGGAGGCCGCCGCCGCAAGUACGAUGACGAUGGCACGGAUGGAGGGCGCCGCCGGAAGUACGAUGACGAUGGCACGGAUGGAGGCCGCCGCCGAAAGUCCGAUGACGAUGGCGCGGACGGAGGCCGCCGGCGCAAGUACGAUGACGAUGGCAAGGACGGAGGCCGCCGCCGUCGCAAGUCCGAUGAUGAUGGCAGCAAGCCUGUUUACUUUAGCUCCUAG